CCCUGGCGCCAGCGUGUUAGCACAUAUAUAACCGCCAGCAUCGCUUAACACGAACCAGUAGUCGCACGACUCUAAACCCUACUGGACAAGCCGUAUCUCUCGCUACAAGCUUGCAAGCAGCCCUAGAGAGCAUUUGGGACUCAGAGAGCGUUUCGAGGCAAGGACUUAAUAGUGAUGCUGCAACACCUCCGCCGCAUUCGACCCCUGCUGCAGCAGCAGCGCUCCUACAACAACAUCGCCUCAACAGCAGAACCCGACGCCGCCCGCGCCAAGGCGCUGCAGCGCUACGGGAGAAACUUGGAGGUGCAGGCGCUCGUCGUCGACGCGCAAAUAUUCCGGCGGAAAGGCGGCGCGCCGCUGCAGGCGAGCGCGCUGGCCUUCGACAGCUCGCGGAAAGUUGCUGGCGGGCAGCAAGUUGCCUCCAAGGAGAUGCUGACCAAGGCCGUCCGCGAGGAGCUCAGGGCGCGGGGCCUCGACGCCAUCGGCAAGCCCUGGGUCGUGCGGGAACGCCUGGACCAAGCAAGGAGCGAGGCGGAUGAAUUGGCGAGCCUCGAGGAGUCGCUCGGUGCCGAGACGGCGCCCGUCGAGGCGGCUCGCGGGGCCAGCGCCUCCACCGUGCUCGCGUCGGGCGCGCCGUCGGAUCAGCCAGACGCUUCAGCGGCUCCAGAACCGAGUGACGCCACCGAAGCGGCCGGAGGCAUCGCGGCGAAGUACGCCGCCAAGCUCGCGGCGAAGCGCGGCGACGGCGCGCCCGCGGCGCCCACGCCGGGCGACGCUGAUUUAUUGUCGUCGGCCAAGGCAUUGGUGGAGGCCGCCGACGCCCAGCGGAACAACGACGAGUCGCGGUGGAGGAUGGGACCUCCCGGAUUGAAGGGCCUCCUCACGCACGCCUCGCGGCGGUCCAUGGCCCUCGCCGUCGUCGCGCGGCCCGACACGAGUCCGCGGGAGCUCUCGGAUCUGACGAGCCAAGCCGGCGUCGCGUUCGACGUCGUCGUGGAAGGGGAGGGCGGGCUGGGCGCGGCCGUCGACCAGCUCGGGCUCGAGCCGCACCGCGUGCUGGCGUUCGUCGACGACGCUUCGCUUCUCAGCCAGGCGAAGGCUCGCGACUUACGCACGGUGCAGUUCGUGGGCGACGGCGAGGAGCUUCCGGUCCGCCGCGACCGGCGGCCGGAUUAUGAUGUCUCGGCCUGCGGCGACGUCGUCGGCGUCAUCGACGAGUUGAACGGGCUGUCGUUCCGCGGCGGUUCUGCUAUGUAGUGUUUAAUACUGUUGUCAAUCAUGGGCUUAGAAGUAGGAAGGGAAGGCGC